GACACAUCAGACAGAAGAAGAAGACCUGUUGCUGGGGCUGCAGACACGACCUAGAGAAUCACUGGCCUUUCACUCAGCUUAUAGGAAGGGCUGCAUAACACCUGUCACAGAGGACAGGACGGCCAUUAGUGUGCACGCAGGUGUCUUCUUCCAGGAGAGCAGUGCUGACGUGAUGGUUGAGGAGCACCACGCGGCACACUGAGCCUCCCUUGGCCGUCGGCACCAUGGACUCUCCGUCAGCCCAGACGCCCCCACCACAGGCCUCUUUAGGCAAAGGAGGUCACCCCUUGCUUUCCAGCGGGCCUCUGAGUGCCACACUAGGGCCUCAAGGAAAGCACUAUGUCUGCGGCUCCAUUGCGGCUUUCACAAACAUCCUAGUGACCUUCCCCAUCCAGAAGGUUCUCUUCCGUCAGCAGCUGCACGGCGUGCUGGCCAUCGAGGCGGUGCGACAGCUCCAGAGGGAUGGGCUCAGGAAUCUAUACAGGGGGCUGCUCCCCCCGCUGCUCCAAAAAAGCACCACCGUGGCCAUCAUGUUCGGUUUGUACGAGGACUUUUCCAGAGUCCUUCUAGAGCGGGCAGACGGCAGUGGCGUGCCGGAGCUGAUCACACGAAGCUUCGCCGCUGCGCUGGCGGGAACAGCAGAGGCAUUCCUGACCCCCUUCGAGCGCGUGCAGACGCUCCUUCAGGACCACCGGCACCACGGACGCUUCAACAACACAGCCCACACCUUCCGGACACUUCUAACAGAGUACGGUGUCAGGGAGUGCUACCGUGGCCUCGUGCCCAUAGUGCUCCGCAACGGCCCCAGCAACGUGCUCUUCUUCGGGCUCCGCGGGCCCAUAAAGGAUCAGCUCCCAGAAGCUACAAGCAGAGCGGGUCACCUUGUUGUCGAUUUUGUCUGCGGUGGAGUGCUGGGGGCGGCCCUCGGCAUCAUGUUCUUUCCGUUAAAUGUCGUCAAGUCGCGGGCUCAGGCUCAGGUGGGCGGCGCCUUCCAGCCUUGCAGGCAGGUGCUGCUCACAGUGUGGCGAGAACGCGGCAGGAGUGUGGCCAUGCUCUUUAGGGGGGCCCACCUCAACUACCACCGCUCACUCCUCUCAUGGGGCAUCAUCAACGCCACUUACGAGCUGCUCCUGAAGCUCAUAUGACUUGAAAUCUCAUCAGGAGGAAGAACAAAGGAUGUUUCCAUGACAUUGAUGUUGCACAGUCAGCAUGAGCUGGCCACUUGCCAUCAUGACUCUGUGUAGAGACAUUUAAACUGUAUACUAAACUUGUGCCAGGGUCCAGUUGAGGGAGGAAAAAAAAAGUCGUUUUCAGUGUGUUUGUGUGCACCUUUUUUUUUCUUUUUUUUUUACAAUAUCAAGCAAAAGAAACUGUUCACAAGCUUUGCCACAUCACUGAAACCACCUUUUUGUGCAUUUGACCAUUGUGAUACACUGAUUUCUCCCAAUGAAUUGUCAAGAAAAGUGGAAUAAAGUAAUGGUUGGCAGCUUUUGUCUGUUUGUCUAGAAAAAACAAGCAAAUACAAUCACCAUGUACUACUGCUACUGUAUUUGUAUUAUGACUAAGGCAAUAUUUAAUGAGCUCAAAAACAUUACCUUUAUUUGUUUGCUUUUAUAUAAUUGUCCCUGACAUUUAUUUUGGGCUCUCUCCACUCCGUCCUUCCUUAUGCCACGCUUGCUCUCCUCCUCCGUCCGUAACAUCUGUUGACAUAAUGGGCUCACAUUUCAUGCUCGAGUAGCUGCAGCCAGUCAGCGCGCAGCCAGCCGCCCCUGACAGCCUGGAGAGGCGUACAGGCGGCGCACACAACCAUAAUGGCUGCAAGAGCAGGCAGAGGUAAAUAUUGAGUGGCACAAAAAGCUCAAUCUGCCAUGUAAAUGGACCAUUUGGCUUAUUUCUUCACUGCUUUUCAUUUCGACAGUACAAAGUGUUGCCUUUUCUAUAAGAUUGGACCUCCCCUGUCAAAGUAAAUGCUUUUUCCCUUAAGCACAAACGGUUCCUGCCGAUCCUCACGACCAAAUAAACAUCAAUGAGUUGUUGCGUGUGUUUGUGUGUUUUAUAUUGAAUUACGUCAGUUUCCUUAAAUCAUGAGGGCAUUCUUUAUAGGAUGAAAAAAAUAAUUCGCUUUGAAACCCUAAAUUUGGGAAGCUCUGCUUUAAAAAAAAAAAAAAAAAAAC